GGAGGCGCCUUUCCCAACGUAAAGUACAAUUUAAAAUUUAAGCUCCUGACUAAAUAAUGACUCUGUAGUCAACUGCUAGGGGAUCCGGGCACCCCAGUGCCUCUGGAGGGUGCAGCGGGGUGUAGGCAAGGGCAGGGGAGUGGGCGAAGCUGCUGGUUGGUGCCUGAAAUCUGUGCGUUGCCCCUUUAAUUGUGUCCCCAGCCCUCGGGCGUUUCUGUCCAACGCCCACGUCAGCAAAUACCUUUUGUUUCUCUCACGUUGGGGCUACUUGUUUUAGGGCGCAAAGGAACGGCUUCGAAAGGGGGUAUUUCCCCUGUCGAGAACCGGGAAUCUUACCCCGGCCCGCGCACGCGACCCGCCGGUGCGCCUCGGCCCGCGGACAAUCCUUCAUACACAGACUUGGAAUCUUCCCUUUUUGUACUCCAUUCAAUCAACUUAGCAGGGUUUCAAGAGCAGCAUUUAUAAAUUUCCAGAAUGGAGAUCUCCUCUCAUCAGUCUCACCUCCUGCAACAACUGAAUGAGCAGCGCAGGCAGGAUGUAUUUUGUGACUGCAGUAUUCUGGUUGAAGGAAAGGUCUUUAAAGCCCAUCGAAAUGUAUUAUUUGCUAGUAGCGGCUACUUUAAAAUGCUUCUUUCCCAGAACUCCAAGGAGACAAGUCAGCCAACCACAGCGACAUUUCAGGCUUUCUCCCCUGACACUUUUACAGUUAUCCUGGACUUUGUCUAUUCCGGCAAGCUCUCUCUCACAGGUCAGAAUGUCAUAGAAGUGAUGUCCGCUGCUAGCUUCCUUCAGAUGACUGAUGUCAUUAGUGUAUGUAAGACCUUUAUUAAAUCUUCAUUAGACAUUAGUGAAAAAGAAAAGGAUCGCUAUUUCAGCCUUUCGGAUAAAAAUGCCAGCUGUGAUGGUAUAGAACGCUCCUCUUUUUAUAGCGGCGGCUGGCAAGAUGAAAGCAGUUCUCCACAUUCUCACCUAAGCCCAGAUCAAGGAACAGGUAUAAGUGGGAAAUCUUGGAGUAAAUAUAAUUACCAUCCAGCCUCCCAAAGGAAUACUCAACAGCCUCUGGCCAAGCAUGAACAAAGGAAAGAUUCCAUUAAAAAAUCCAAACAUUUGAGGUUGUCACAGCCUUCUGAAAUGGCUCAUUAUAAGUCAAGCAAACGAGAAGCACGAACAUCUGAUUCUUCCAGCCACAUUUCGCAAUCUGAAGAACAGGCACAAAUGGAUGCAGAAAUGGACUCUACUCCUGUUGGCUAUCAGUAUGGUCAAGGAUCUGAUGUCACAUCAAGAAGUUUUCCAGAUGACCUGCCCAGGAUGAGGUUCAAGUGCCCGUACUGCACACAUGUGGUAAAGCGGAAGGCAGACCUCAAGCGCCACCUUCGUUGUCACACAGGAGAAAGGCCCUAUCCCUGUCAAGCUUGUGGGAAAAGAUUUAGCCGGCUAGACCAUCUAAGUAGCCAUUUUCGAACAAUUCACCAGGCAUGCAAACUCAUCUGCAGAAAAUGCAAACGCCAUGUGACUGAUCUAACAGGUCAAGUGGUACAGGAAGGAACCAGGCGCUACAGACUCUGUAAUGAGUGCCUUGCUGAAGUUGGCAUAGACAGCCUCCCCAUUGAUUUGGAAGCUGAACAGCAUCUUAUGUCCCCAUCAGAUGGAGAUAAGGAUUCCAGAUGGCACUUGGGUGAAGAUGAGAAUAGAUCAUACGUGGAGAUUGUAGAGGAUGGGUCUGCUGAUCUGGUCAUACAACAGGUUGAUGAUAGUGAAGAAGAAGAAGAAAAGGAAAUAAAGCCCAACAUCAGGUAGCUGGGAUGUGAACCAACAGAUCUGGCAUGUCUGCAACUUACAUUGACUUCCCAUAACUCUCUCUUUCCAUGGUCAGAGUCUGGUUAACAAAUUAUCAAGACUGACUUGAAAGUAAUGACCUGAUAUCACUUGCAUGUUUUCUGAACAGGCCAUUGUAUCCAUUCUGAACUUUGUUGCCCUAAAAUCUGUUGCUGCACUGGAAAGAAGGACCUAGCUUGAGUUGGCAUGAUGGAUGAACAAUUAAUCUUCUUACUUUUAUUACAGAGAUACCUUUUUUUUUAAUAUUGGAUGAUCUACUUAGUGAACUUUUUUCAAAGAAAAUAUUUUAAAUUCACCACAACCAAACUGUAUAUAAGAUAAUUUCAAGGUGUUUCAAAAACAUAUAAACUACCACUAUUGAAUUUUCACAGGGAACGAGGUAAGAGCACAUGUAAGGGUCUGGCACCCUACCUGACUAAACUAAUUAGCCUAUUACCUUCAGACCGAAAAUGACCUAUCAUUAUUCCAAUAUCCUAAAUGUUUUAGAAUUAUGGCAGAAAACAAACCUAAACUGUUUGAAAUCGUUCACAUUUGAAACUUUUGUCAUUAAGUUAAAAAUUACUCUUAUGUAGUCAGUGUUUAAAAAGAACAAACUCUAAAAUAGAAGCUGACCAGAGAUUAUAUACAGACAUCAUUUUCUUAAAGCAGGAAACUAAUACUGUCAAGGUAGUUUUUUGAGGAUCUGUCUAUAUAGCUCUCUUCCUCUCUAGAGAAAAAAAGAAAACUGGAGGUUCUUACCAGUUCUUAAGAUUAAUUUCCUCCAUUUAUAUACUGCUAUAUUACUUAUAAAGUGCUCUUUCACACAUCUCCUCACCUAAUCAGCAAGGUAAAUAGUAUUGUCUCUGAUUUACAAAUGAGGAAAUUAAGGUCAGAAAGUUUAAGUCGUGGGACUGGUGACUAGGCAGGUUUUGAUUUUAAACAGUCCUCUUUCAACUGUCUCUCCCUGGAUAGUCCCCUGAAAUGGUGAAGAAGUGAAGUCAAACCUCACCAAUCUGCAAUAAUUAUAAAAAGAAGCCUAUGAGAAUUAGAAAGUAUGAAAGAAGAGGAAUUUAAUCAUCUUCAACAACAUAUAAUAUCUUGAACUAGAGUUAUUCAAGUAGUGCUAAGUAAUGUCCCCAUAGUACCUAUUGACAUGUUUUUAUAUUAUUUAUAUAUAAAUUUUAUAUAUAAAACUAUUUGAACACAUUAUUCUCCUAAGUUCUUUAAGCAGUUUAUAUAUAAUUCUUCAAAACAAACUUUUCUACUAGGAUACAAAAUUAAGUUUUAACUCCUCCCCUAUAUGAAUUAUGAAACAUUCCAAAAUUACAGUCAAAUUGGAGAUGCAUUAUUUUAGUUGUAAAGAUAAAAUCUAAAUACUAGAAGUAAAGAACUGUUCAUAAAGGUCUUGGCAAGUUAUCCCAAUUAAGCUUGUUUUAAUUUAAUUUUGAUAGAGGCUCCGUGUAUUAUACUGUAUUUUUAACUGCCAUGACAUACCUCAAGAUACUUUUUAUGUUCUUUUCUCUUAUUCUUUAAUUAAUGAUUGUCCUUAAUACCAAUUUGUGGGCCAAAAUGGUUAAUUUCUUUAAGUUUUUUUAUAAAUAGAUGAAUAACCACUUUGUUUUAUGGUACCUAAUUCUGAGGUUUUUUUCAAGAUUCCCCUGAUGGUAAAUUUCCAAUUGCUUCAAGACCGGAUAGUGUGCAUUGAAUUCAUUGUCUCCCAACAUGACCAUUCCUGAGUCAGGAGUCUUAACAAUUACAUUGUUCCAAAUGAGGGAGGGAACACUUGUCAUUCUUUAGUCUCACCAGAGGAUGAUAACAUCUUUCAAAAUUGUAAUCUGAUUUUUAAUCAUUGGAACCAAUAGGAAAAAUGACUGACUUGAGCUUUAUUUAUAGAAAUGAAGUUGUGCUUGCAUGUGUAUACUCUAACGCACUUUAGUCUAUGAUCUAAAUGUUCUUUGAUGCUACUAUAUUCUGCAUGCAAACAUCAGCAUGAUUGUCAGCAAGGUCCACUGAACACAGUGCCACCAGCACUUGUAGAGCCUUAUCAGAAAUAAUGCUUUCUCUUAAUUGUUUAUAACAAGCAUCAAGCAAUCCCCACAAAACAGCUAUCUAAUUCACCAAACUAGACAGUGCAUCUGUUCUAUCAUUUUAGUAUCAUAAAAGAACAUUCGUGACAUGUUUGUAAGUUGUAAAUAAUAACUCCAGUAUCAUAUCAUAUUUAUCUAAGACUUUAGAGACCAAUUCUUUUCUAGAGUGAAACUGUCUAUUAAUGGUUUCUAAGAAAACUGAAUUCUUUGGCUCUUAAAUGUGGGAAAAUAUUACAUAGGGGUAUAAUCUGUUAAUAUAAGCUUUAUUUAUGCCAAGAUUUUUUUUUUUUUUUAAUGUUAGGAAAAUAAUGGAAGUUGGUUAGACCAAAGUUUGCUCUUACAAGAAUGCUGUUUUAUCAGCUUCUGAACACCCUUCUAAGUCUAUGGUCCUCAAGAUCCAGUUGAUAGGAUGAAGUUUUGCAAAAUAAAGCACCACUGAGUCGUGCCUACUGUCUGGAGGAAGCAAAAUUGACUAGGCCAGUGGUUUAAAAGAUUUUUUUUUACCCAAGAAACCCCUUCUUCAAAUGAAUUGUUUCAUAGAGAAGUUCAACAUUUAAGGAAACUCUAAAGGACAGAGCUGCUCUGGUUUAAGCUCCCUACAAACUUUUCCCCAGACACUCUGCAGAGCUCAGGAGUCCAGCACUGAAAACCUUGGGCUGGAUCACUUUUUGAAUUCCCUUUGAGCAUUACAGUCUCACUUCAUUACUCCGUUACUCCUUGCACUUAUAAGUUGGUAACCAUAGAGCAGCAAAUCACAUCUUUACAAGGCUCCUUCUAUAGUUAUCAUAUAUCUUAAGACCUUUUUAAGAACAAAUUUUUCAAUAUUGUAUGUCUGAGUGAUGAAAUCAAACACAGUUACUGCUUUUAUGUGGCCAAGUUACUGCUUAAUGGAUGAAAAGUUCAGUGUUUCAGUUACUUAUGAGCUCAGAACUCAAUUCGUUAAAAGUUAUUUUGCUGAGUCAUGCUAAGAUAUAUUGAAAUUUCCACUCAUAUUGGUUAUAUAUGUUUGGAGUCCUAAAAUUAAUACUAUGGAAAAAUCACCAAAAACAGUACAGCAUAAGAUAUGUUUAACUGGGAAGGGUGAUAACAGUAGGUACUGGAGGACCAAACUUUAGAUUAUAAAUGGAAAGUUCUAAGUUAUUUUAUAUUAGAGUGGAUCAGUAUUACUAUUUAUCAUUUAUAUAGCAUUUUAUAUUUGCAAAGUAUUUAAUAAUUUUUAUGUUAUUCUUUACAUAUCUAUGAAAUAGGACAUUUAUCACAUGAAAGGUAAAGAAAUUGAGGCACAGAACAGUAAAGCAACCUGCCUAAGACAACCCAGUGAAACAGUGGCAAAAAUAGGAAUUAGAAUGACCAGAUUUUCUGAAUCCUAGAAUAUCAGCUUAAAUCACUGAGGUGUGUUGUGUAUUACUCUGUUUUAUGAGUUUAUGCAAAUAACAGUGAAUUGUUUUAAAGCUUACGUCAUUGUAUGUGGAUAAAUC